GAAUUCUUUAGAUCAUGACUUUAAGGGCAGUUACUGGCUUCAGCUGCACUCCAUCAAGAUGAAGACAUCCAGCUAAAGGCACAGGGAGCCACUGACUUAACUCCAGUGGGAGAAAUUCUCCACUAGUUCAUCCGUGCUGGAUUUCCUAUCACCAUCACAAUGCAUGACCUUCUGCACACAUGGCUGAGAUCCUUUCUUUUCUUUGCAUUGAUAACCACAGGUCUUUCCUUGAACUGUGAAUUUUGUGAGAACAAUGGCACCAGCUGUUCUGGUGAGAUGGUGGUUUGUCCUUCUAAGAGAGACACCUGUAUUGUCUCAUUGAUUGAAAGUAUGUCAGAUGGAGUACUGUCAGUCAGCACAAUCAAAGGCUGUGAAUCUGUGGACAUCUGCUCCACUCCAACUUUUUAUUUGGAAAUGGGAAAUCAAUCAUUCUACAAGGCGAGUGUGGUCUGUUGCACAGGAGAGGAGUGCAAAACAGCUACUCCACAUAUACCACCACCACCGACUGCAACCAAUGGAAAAAUAUGUCCUGCGUGCUACACUACUACUGGAAAAUGUGGAAAUAAGACAGUGACAUGUACUGGGUUGCAGAAGUUCUGCUUCGAUGUAUCAACAGUGAUAACUACAGAUGGAAAGGAACAAGACUAUAUUGUCAAGGGUUGUACAACUCAGUCCGUCUGUGCUGCAAUACUGACUAACCGUUCCCCAGUAUUGGGAGAUGCCAUUGUGAAGAAAGCCUCAUGUGUCCCAAACCCAAAUCGUGGGUCAACAACAUCGCCUGAGCUCUUCCUGUCACUCUUCUAUGGAUUCCUGUUGUUGAAGAUUCUCUUGUAAAAGAUGCCCUUGUGGGAGUGUACCAUCUACCCAAUCAUUCAUGUCUCACUUGAAUCCACACAUUUUCUUGUCACCCUGCAGGUUGGUCUUCCGGAUGGAGUUUCUCUGCUUUAAU